UUAUUAAUUAUUCCUAUUUUGUUGUCUUAAUUUUCUUUUGUGCCAUUGUUAUUGUAAUACUUAAUUUGUGUUUUUUUUUUUUUAUGAUGAUUUCAACUUUAUAUUGUGUGUUUUUGCAGCUGCCAAAUAAAUGAUUUAUCUAUCUACAUAUCUAUCUAUCUAACCCUAAAAUACGAAACAAUCUUAAAAAUAAUUAUCCUCCCUGUUUAUGGUGACGAUAAAAUGUGCCAUGCCAUGGCCAUGGCUACUUCCACGAGUGGCUACAAGAAUAACCCAUACCAACGGAACCCUAAAAACCUGAACUGACUAAUAAUAGUAUAGUAUCACAGUAUGAAACUCAUAUGAUGAAACUAAAAUAACCAUAUGCAUGUUUUAUCAAAAAGAAUAGUCUGCAUUUUAAGAAGUUUUAAAAGGGGGUUUUUACGGACCCCUAAAUUCACAGAAAACUGCAAUUAAGAACUUUUAAAACUUUUAUCAACUUUUGGCGCAAUUAAACCUAAUAUUCAAAUGAAAAAAAAGCCAAAAACCGCUAGGCUAGGAGGUACCCACUGAUAAAGUAGGUUAAAGUGCUUACGUAAGCUUGUAAUUGCAUUAUAUACCUACCUACGUUCUCUUUACGUUCAUAGUAAAAUACCUAAACAUUUGACAUCUACUUUUUAGUAGUUGCCAUCUCGCUCACUCAUGCUGGGAAUUAUUGUUCAAGGAAUGCGCGCGUCGACAAGUCUCGGUACACCCAGGACGUAAAGUUGAAGUCUAACACAACUCCUUAUCACGUGCACCUUACUACAUACGAUAUAAAGUUGAUUUUUGAUAACUUCGUUGCGCAGGCACGGACUUAUCAACAAGAGAUCACCCUCCCGAGACUUGAUGUGGUGACUACUUUGUAAAAGUACAUUCAUAAAUUUUAUUAUUACUGAACUCGAUAGUUUUGAGGUUUCUCUUGCAUUUAAACUUUGUUUUAGGGUCAAACUUUUUGAUAGAUAUUUUUUAUUAUUUUUUAAAAGGUUUUUAAUGACUUUUAAGCCGUUUUAAUCUAUAAAUAGAUUCGUAAAUUAAGGAACUAAAUUAAAAGACCUUGAGAAGAAGUCUCGUGGGGAGUGCCGCUACGUCACCGACGGGAAGUUUUGCAGUUAUGUAUGACCGCCAGCUGGUCCCUGAUUGGCCAACAAAGCCUCGACGGCGGCCAUUUUGUUGCUUCUGAGUCACCAAAAGGUGAAAAAUGUACGGAAUUAAUGUGCACUCCCCCCGAGACUUCACAACGGUAUUGGGCAUUUCCCUCGUGAACACAAAAUUUGGGUUUCAUGUUCCCUACCUCCCACAGCGUGGAUGAAAUAAUAAUAUUUUACGUGGGAUAUAUUUUUAAAAACUUGCUAAUUUAAUUUACCUCGUUUCUUUAGUCGACGGAAAAGUGGUUUUCAAAAGUUAGACACUCCUAGUUGCGAUAAACUCUGUUUUCCAGCACAAGUUCGAUCGGCUGGUGGUCGUCGCUUGGAGACCCUAGUGAACUCAAAGAAAUAAAAUUGUGCAGGAGUGUGCGGCCGAGAUUUAGAUAUUAUCAAUAAAUACAUGUGUUUUACCUAACUGUCAAAAUAAUAGUGAAGUGAUCAGUGUACGUUGCGGAUUGUUUACGUAGAUGUUGACUGAGAUUUGUGAACGCGGUGCGGCAGGAUGUAGCCCGAAUCGGGCUUGAAGAGUGUAAAGUGCCCUUUUUAUUCAGAGGGAUUUAGCGGCCGCUAAAAUGUCCGAGACGACGAUGGUAAAGGUGAAGACCGAGCGGCCCGAUGAGGCGGAGAUUCGGGAGCUCGCCGCGAAGAUGGUGGAGGCGAAUAAGGCGAAGGCGCUAGCGGCUUCGGUGGCGGCGGCUCGGCCUGGCCCUGGCGCGCUCGGCACUGCACCGCCCGGUGCCGGUGGGCAGCUGGGCAUUCUCAACUUCCUCACCCGCAAGACCGGCGCGCCGCCCGACACGCGGCCGCCCGUCGACCCCGAAAAGAAGACCCCGGCCCCGGACGAAGCCAGCUGGAAAGGCCACUUCGGCUGGGACAUGCUGGGCAAGUGUCACAUUCCCUACAUCUACCGGUCCGGGGAGAAAUACGUGGCCGUCAGGAUGGUAGAAAUUAAAUUAUUAAACAAGUACCUGAAUUACCUUCAUGCAGACAUAUACUCUUGCACCUGUAUAAGGAGUUACUACAUAACAGAGAUAGAAGCGAGGCUUCUAAACGAAAUAAACAGCAGGCAUUGUGAUGGCCAGUUUGGUAGAGAUGCCUUCACGCAAAAGGACCUUGUGGUUCGGUUAUCAGACGCUUAUGAAUUUUAUAACUUCUUAGAUGUAUGUUACAAUAAGUUACUUAGAGGCACAACAAAUAGUAAAGAUAAGUGCGGGUUCAUCAGAAUAAAUAAAGAGUCAGUAGUGCCGUACACAGUGAGAGACGGGCAGAAGUUUGUGCCCUUAUUUUAUUUUGAAGGUGAAACGGACAAUCUUAAGUUGAAAGCUGACCAAUUGAAGGGUUGGGACUUGUCAUACUUGAAGUUCUGCUGUAAAGUGCAAGGCAUUCGGAAUGAACUGUUUGCUAGUGAGACUUGCUCGGUGAUAAGCCUGUCGGACAUCAAGAGCUACUUCCCGCCAGGGACCGAGUUUGAGGAAUACUGGCCAAACAAAGUUGUGGACUCACAGCUCCUCAUUUCUGCUAAAGGUGCAAUAGCAGGCGGAGGCCAAUGGACGCGAGCACCUCCCGCACCUCCCCCAGGCGUAGUCGCUCAAGGAGCUGGCGUCGGCCUCUCAGGCGCCUCUACCCGAGGCCGGCGGCCUAACGCGCAGCGCCACACACCGUCGUCCAUGCAGAUGCCGCAUGCGGGUAUAUCUGCGGCGGCGGUGCAGGCGUUGGCUAGUGGCUGGAGUCUGCCUGGGACACUCACGCAGGCUCAGACACAGCAGGUGCUGAGGCUGGCGCAGGCGCAAGUUGCCGCUCAAGCGCAAGCAGCAGCACGCUACAGUAACGCGGCAAUCGCCGCUGCCGCGGCAGCUAUGCCGCAACACCGCGCGCAGCAGCACCAACGAAAUGUUCAGUUUCCGAACAGUGCAAUAACAAUGGCGAUGGGACAGCAACCGCCGCCGCCUCUCGUAAGGAGCACGGCCAACACCUCUACUAUGAAUGUACCCCCGCAAGUGACCGGGUCGAUGAAUGGCCACUCAACCUCUCACGCCGUGGACAAUCGCAAGCGGCUUACGCCGAUAACAGAAAUCAGUAUUACUGGCAACCAUACGCCGUAUAAGGUUCAAAAAGCGCUGGUGGAGAACACAAUGGUACCCUGCAUCAACGCGAAGCCAUACCAGUACACCGAACUGCUCAUGACACUUCCAGACCUGGCCAGCCACUUCUUCCCUCGAGUUCAGCUUGCCACCUGCCGCGCCAUGCUUGACGCGCUUGGCCUCACUCUUUACCGGCCCAACUCAACUCAACUCCAAGUCCUCCGUAACUCGGGCAAGUGCAAAUCCGCCGCCGCCGGCGAGAACGGCAUGGCGCUGGUGCAGAUCCGCGACGUGAUGCAGCACAUGCCGCAGUUCAAGUACAUGCUGCGCUCGGGGCUGGCGGCCGACGAGCCGCCGCACGCGCCGCGCCCCGCGCCCGCGCACGCGCCGCCCGCCUCGCACGCCAAGCGCGCGCGCGCCAACUAGCCGAGUACAUGCUGCGCUCGGGGCUGGCGGCCGACGAGCCGCCGCACGCGCCGCCCGCCUCGCACGCCAAGCGCGCGCGCGCCAACUAGCCGGCCCGGUGCCCCGCCCUGGCCGAGGCUGGCUCCACGUAGCUGUCGCACUCGCACCCGGCUGGACUACACCAGAUUUACUUGAGCCGUCGUAAACAGACGUCUAUUUAACCAUUUCUUCUUACCGAGGAGAGAAACGGGGAAAAUCACAGCUGAUAUGCAAGUUACUUUACAAUUGAUACUACGCUAUCUGAGAAAGGAGUGUGCCAUGCAUUUGUCUCCUUUUCCACACUGAGAAAGACAUGCAGCACAAAUAUGACCAAAUAUGUCAGUACAUAUGUCCUGAAGUGUACCUAAAAACCUAAUGACAGUAAAGUUCUAAAUCAAUUGACAUCAACGAAAAAAAAUCACAUACUAAAAUUAAAUACAAAGAAAUGUAAUUGGUUGGGCUGAAGCAAAUAUGUAAGGGAAACACAUUGGUAUCUCCAUCAGAGAGAACUUUUGAGUGGGAGUGUUUUAGUGGUAAUAGCAAUAAAUUUUCUAAGUGAUAAAACUAUGCUUAACUAUUAGCAAGUGCCUAGUGUUGGAAAGGGACAGAUGCAGCAGCUAUUGUGUUAAUAAUGAUGGUAAAGGUUUGCAUUACUGACUAGACAAGUGAUGGGGCUUCCUAAGUGUUUGUGCGGAACUGUUUAUAGAAAAGGUGGAGGUAUAAAAAAACGGCUCUCAAGUACGCCAUAUAAGUAAUGCAUAUAAUAUACCACAUUGGUAAACUUGGGCUUGCGGAUGAUACAUUAGGCAAAUUAGAUUUUGAAAUUAAUUUAUAAUUUUUGUGUAUAAAGAAUCCAAAGCAUAGAUAUCACUUUAUAUAUAUGGCGUAUGGAUGAGUGUUUUGCCUUUAUUCUCACCAGUGAUUUAAAGAUAUACCUAAUUAUAUCAAUAUAUCAUUAAGACAUUGUCAAUUUUCAAUAAGUUGUACAAAUUGUAUCAUACUCUUUUUAUUGUAAAUCAGAUCUUAUAGCAUCUGCAAUGAUACUAUUUAAUAGAAGACUGAAAUUUAUUUUUACUUAUUUCAUACGAAAACUAGAUUGUAUCAAGUUUUGUUUUGUAUGCGAGUUUAUUUCGAGUUCUUACAGUUCUUGUAAAUAUUUAAUAAGUUAGUUUGAAACUGCAAAUACGCAGAAUUGUUGUAUCGGGCAAUAUGUGUUUAGUUAAAUGAAAAUUAAAAAAUCUCUAGAGUACCGUUCGUUAAAUAGAGCAUAUUAAUAUAUUUAUUGUGUAAUGUAUUUCUAGGUUUUAACUCAGUGCUUGGGCAUCACAAGUAGGUUUAAACGAAUUUACUCACAAAUUUAAUAAGAACAAAUGUAAUUAAAAUGUUUCAAUCUUCGUUUAGGUCCAGCUCCACAAACUCUAAAUUUUAAAGUGGGAGAAAAUAAAUUAGUAAAAUGUUAAAGCAGAAAUCGUAUCUUUUUGUCAUAUCACUACCACUUUCAAUAUGUUUUUAAAUUCUGAUCUGAUCUCAAAAUUCUAUUGAAUAGUUUCAACUUAAUUUGCAAACAUCAAAAGUUUGUGGUGUUCCAAAUCAGCAUUUACAUUUUAUUCUGAAUCAGUUAAGAAGAUGAAAUAUUAGGACGAAAAUUUUAGCAGAACUGCCAAUUUUAUAAUAUACUUCUAGUGCAAUUAGCUUAGCUUUUGGAUUUAACCCUUUACCAGGCUCAGGGAUAUAUAUUUCCCACAUGCGGCUCUUCAAACAUGUGUUCUAUUUUCGAUGAGUAAGACUGACAUUCGAUUGUCAUUUUUGAACUGUCAGCCUGGUAAAGGGUUAAACAUGUGAAAUAGACUUAAAAAUUGUCUAACACCACACUAUAUUAACUGUAUAUUGACAAAAGCGGUAUUACAAACUUGCAUGUUUAUAACCUAUCAAUAUACGGUUUAAAAACGUCGAUUGCGCUUCUGACUAGCCAUUUGAGCAAUGAAUUAGUUUUAAAUGUACCAUAAGGGAAUGUAUAUCCAGAACGUUGGUUCCUAUAGGCUUACAAUGUAGGUAUUACAACCCUUGAAGUUUCUAUUCACAACUUAAUUUAUAUGACUGUUAGUAUUUCUAGAUUAUAAUGGGUAGAUAGACAUCUAGUAUAGUUUAGCUAGAUUGCUAUAUCUGGAAGAGCUGGAAGCCAAGCAACUGCAUUAUCCCUGAUACAAAUUCAACAUUUAUUAUGUUGUUGAUGUAUAACUUUGGGCUUUGCAAGUUUUAAAGCAAUGUUUCUGGCAUGCCAUACAUGUUACAGGACAAUCAGUAACAACACACUCAAGAAUAACGGAAACGGGUCAUUCCUAUUUAAAUUUUCUAAUAAAGUGACCUAGUCUCAUUUCUUUUGAAUGUACAUAAAAUUUUGUGAAAUUUUAUUGGCUGCUCAGUCAGGCGCUUUUAUCACCUGUGUAACAAAUGACAUUGAAAAUUCAGUGGUAAUAAGAAAUAAAUGUUUUUCAACUUUUUUCUAUGAAAUUUCUGUCAUUUGUUAUAUUGGUAAAUUAGGCUGGGUUGACAUCCCUGUUGUACAGGCACUUAUCGUACUAAUUGUCUCCUUACUAAUAUUAAAGAAAUAAAACCACAAUUCGUGGUCUUCAUACCUGGCUGUAUCUUUAUACCUGUUAUGUACAAUGUAGUUUUAACAUUUCAAUAUUGCUGAAUAAUGUAUCUGUACAGUAUGCUAUGGUUUAGUUCAUAUUUUUUUCACUUGAUUGAUAUGGAUCUAGAAAGAUAAAUAUGAAUAUAUGUUGCUGAUAUUGUACAGAAGGUUUAUAAAAUGUAUAUAAUAAAUAAUAAUUUUCACACUGCCACUUUCUAAACCCAGUUUAUAAUCCUACUCUACUAUUGUUUAGUCUUAUUUAAAAUAACAUUAUAUCAAUAUACAUGUUAUGUAUGCUUUUAGAGGCUAGCAAGCUCUAUGUGUAUUUAAAUGCACGUUUACAGUUAAAUUUACAUUUUUCUGAGUGCUGGAUAAUGAAUGAAUUUAGUUAUAAUCUAAAUUCGUGAACCAGUAUUCUGACUACUGUAAAAAGUGCUUAAUUUGCGGAAGUCACAUACAUUUUUGAGAAAUUGAUAUGUGCCUUGUCACUGUAUAAAGAAAAAUAUUGCUUUGCCUUACAAAUAUAGACAACCGCAACAACUAUUCACCCACAACUUCAUGAAAACUUGUUAAUUGAUUUUGUAAAUCUUGCAAAUGAUGGCACUCAAUCAUCCUCUAUUUUUUUUAUUAGAAUUUGAGUAUGAAAAAUAAUAGCGGUGACUAAUCUAUCUAUUACAAAUUGCUUUAGCAUAAUAGUCUUAACUCGUCAUAAGCAAAUAAACAGUAUUCAAUAUGUGACCAUGUACAUAAUAGCCUAUAAAUCUAUUUUUUAUUAGUAAGGAGUAAUUAUAUUUUGGAAUAGAGCUGUGUAAAUCUGAGCCGAUUUAUUUAUGAUAGCCUAAGUCCUAUUUGAUAUGUUAUAUCGUCGAGUCGCAACCUUAGGCGCCAACUGUCACAAUUUCUACGAUAAAAACCAAAUUCAACAAUUGUUGCAUAUUUUUUUUAUUUUGCUUGAUCUCUGAUACGGUUGUGCCUCUAGGGUUGCGCUUGGUGUUUUAUCAAUUGUAAAUUGCAUUUUACGCAAUAGCUCUACACAUUAAACGUGUCGUUUGUGAGUAAUUGAUUCUGUAUUUAAAAAAUAAAAGGAUUCUUUAUAA